AUGUGCAUGUGCAAUUGUGAGGCAAAGGCAAGGAUGUGUGGUGUCAAAUUGCUUUUUGGUUUUAGUCCAUGUGAGCAAUUAGGCUUUGUGUUAUCUAUUAUUCCCUUUAACAGGUUGUGUGAGAUAUUUGCAUUGGGGAGUGUUGGACCACAUUCCUCUUCUUUUUCUCUUUAUGGGGUUGUUAUCUUUCUUCUACUCUCCAACCUUUUGGCUUUGGUGAAUAUCAAUCAUAGUCUAGAAGAGACUCUCAAGAUGAAUCAGUCUUAUACAAAUUCACCAAAUAAUUUAGAAAAUUAUCAUGUUCAAAAAGUAAAUCAUUAUACCAAUCAUGCCUCCAUAAGUGACUACACAACCAGUGGAGAAAGAGAAAAAGACCAAGUUUCUAAAAAUAAUGCAAAGGUGACAGGUAAACCAAGAUCUAAACCUCACUUGUUAAGAAAUCUUAAGAACAUAUCUGAAUAUUCCAUUGAUUCUCAAAAGCCAAGUCCAAGUGCAAGAAUACCUUCAAAUCAUAACCCUUCAACCAACUCACCAGGAGUAAUACCAAUACCAGAAACUACAAGAGAGUUUCCUAUACCUACACGAAACACCAACCAAGGUAAAAGAAGUGGUUGUAGCUCUCGUAGUGAUAGUUUAGAGAGCAUUACUAGUGUAAAUAUUAAGCCACAUACUGGAGGUGAUGUGAGGUGGGAUGCAAUUAACAUGGUUUCUAAGGGUGAUGGUCUUAAUCUUAGUCAUUUCAGGCUUCUUAAGCGUGUUGGAUAUGGUGAUAUUGGAAAUGUGUACCUUGUGGAACUUAAAGGAACUAAGGCAUUCUUUGCCAUGAAAGUAAUGGACAAAGCAUCACUUGCUAGUAGAAACAAGCUUUUGAGAGCACAAACAGAAAGAGAGAUUCUUGGACUUCUCGACCACCCAUUUUUACCAACUUUAUAUUCUUAUUUUGAGACUGAUAAAUACUAUUGUUUGGUCAUGGAGUUUUGUAGUAGUGGUAGUUUGCAUUCUCUUCGACUCAAGCAACCUAACAAGCAUUUCACUGAAGAAGCUACACGGUUUUAUUGUUCAGAAAUUUUGUUAGCCUUGGAAUACUUGCACAUGUUAGGCAUUGUGUAUAGAGACUUAAAACCAGAAAAUGUUCUAGUUCGAGAUGAAGGUCACAUAAUGUUAUCAGAUUUUGACUUAUCUCUCAGAUGUUCUGUCUAUCCUACACUUGUGAAGUCAUCAUCUGCACAUGAAAGUAGUAAUGGUCCUUCUGGGGGUAUUUUGAAUGAUGAGCAAGCAAUACAUAGUUGCAAACAAGCCUCAAGUUUCUUUCCACGCAUUUUGCCAAAAAAGAAUCGCAAGUCAAAGUCAGAUUUUGGCCUCAUGGAUGGAGAAUGUCUCCCUGAACUAAUGGCAGAACCUACAAAUGUGAGGUCUAUGUCCUUUGUAGGAACACAUGAGUAUCUUGCACCAGAGAUUAUUCGUGGUGAAGGACAUGGUAGUGCUGUUGAUUGGUGGACCUUUGGGAUCUUCUUAUACGAGCUUUUGCAUGGGAUAACACCCUUUAAAGGUGCAGGAAAUAAAGCUACACUCUUUAAUGUUGUAGGGCAACCCUUAAGGUUUCCAGAAAAACCCAUUGUCAGCAAAGUUGCAAGAGACCUUAUACAAGGAUUGUUGGUGAAAGAGCCUCAGAAACGAUAUGCUUACAAGAGAGGUGCAACAGAAAUAAAACAACAUCCUUUUUUUAAUGGAGUGAAUUGGGCUCUAGUUAGAAGUGCUACACCUCCAAUCAUACCAGAACCUUUAGAUUUUUCUAUGUAUGCUAGAAAAGCAAAGGUUCUCCCCAUGGAUAAGAAGAUUGCAGAUAUUGUUGCAAGUGAUAAAAGUAAGCGUAUACAACCAGAUUCAUCUUAUGAAUAUUUUGAAUAUUUUUAG